AUGACUAAUCUCGUUAAUACCAACCUGGGAUUUAUUGUCUUUGGAUUAAUUUUUGCUUCGUUCUACGGCAGUGCCACGCGGAUAUUCGAUAUCGAAAACAUCCCCGUCGUCAAGUACGUGGCCGUCGCCGGUCGAAACGUUACCAUCAGCUGUCCCGGAGUGAACGAACACUCACUAAUCGAUGCGCUCAUUUGGAAAACCACACAAACGGUUGCGGAGUACGUUAAUGGGUUGCCCCUGGUGAACAACCCGAGGAUUACGCUUCUGCCGGACAACUUUAGUCUGCACAUCAGCCCCACCAGUUCGGCCGACACGGCGGAGUACACCUGUCUGUUCAACGACCGCCACAGCCCGGAAGCGAUUGCGGAUCUGCUGGUGCAGGAUGUUCCGGAUCCGCCCGGACGGCCGCUCGUGGUGAGCUUUACGUCACGUUCCGUCGAUUUGUCCUGGGCCCACUCACAGGACGCUCGUAACGCUCCGGUUACGAAUUUCAUCAUCCAAACAAGGGUCGGAGAAAAUGGAGAAUGGCAUCAGGUGCCAUUGAUCUACACAAAAUCGAACCAGGCCUCGUAUCAGGUGACGGAACUGCUGCCCUUUACCGUGUACAGCUUUCGCAUCAUCGCUGUCAACGAGCUGGGCAACAGUGUACCCUCGAAGGAGUCGUACUACUUCGUUACGCUGCGGGAAGCGCCAACCGGAAAACCGGUAACGACGAUAGCACACAACACAUCCGCCACCUCGGUCUACAUCUCCUGGAAGCCCCCGCCGCCGGACACAAUUUUGGGCGAGUUUCUCGGCUAUCGCAUAACGUACCGCACCCGGGACCGCCAUCCGGACGACGUGAAGGAGAUUUACAUCCGUGACAGCACCGUCGAGAGCUACGAGAUCCACAACCUGCAAACGUACACGCAGUAUCUGGUGUCGAUACAGGUGUUUAAUCCCGAGGGAUUAGGCCCACCAACGACGGUGCUGGUGAUGACCGACGAAGGCGUGCCGACCAAACCGAGAAACCUGAGCGUGCUGGAGAUCACCUCGACGACGAUCCGCAUCAGCUGGCUCGAGCCGGAAAAGCGGAACGGCGUCAUUCACGGCUACCGGGUGUACUACGUCUACCAGAACCAAACGCUGCUACACCUGCCGAUCCUGAAAAACGAUGCGGCACAAAACUCCGUCUUCUACUACACGUUGACCAACCUGAAGCCCUACACGGACUACCGGAUCAUCGUGACGGCGUUCACGCUAAAGUACGACGGUGAACCUUCGGAGGUGUCCUUGCGAACGGAUGUCGGUGGUCCGAGUCCGCCAAAGGUUGUCAACCUGACGUGCCACUCGCACGAUACGCUUUUCUUUAGCUGGCGGAUGCCACGGGUGUACCACGCGUCGAUCGACUUUUACAUCGUCAACUAUCGCAAUCUCGAAUAUGACGACGCGCACGAGAUACGGAUCUCUGCGAACGCGUCCAUUGUCGAGACGUCGAUGGUCAUCCCCAACCUGACGACGAAUAGUGCGUAUGAGGUGAAGGUCCGUGGUGCCACCGUCAGUACGGUCAACCCCAAGAAGGUGGUUCUCGGUACCUACAGCGAACCGAUCAAGAUCACGCUGAGGGCCAACUGUGAGCAGUACCAACCGCCGCCACUUCGGCACAACCCGUACGUCGACCAGGAGCUCGUCAUUUUGGCUGGCAUCGUGAUCGGAUGCUUCGGGCUGCUGCUCAUCAUCCUGGCGAUCGUCCUGUGGAGAAAGUGCUUCCACGCGACCUACGAAGCCGGAGACCAGCGACCGUCGGAGCGAACUGACCACAAACCGGUGCAAUCGAACGGCUGGAAAACGUCCUGCGACUCGAACGGCAUCGUGCAGACGUCGAUCCCGUCGGAGGAGUACAUCAACGGGCAGCAGCAGGCGAUGAUCGAUCGAUUCCACCAGCACUAGGGCACCAGCUGCCUCGCUGCCGGGAUGACUGAUUAAUGGUAAGUGUCCAGACGCCGGGACACCACUUCCGUCCUCACGAUUCGCAUCUCGCGCGCUUGCAGUAACUCACCAGACGGCCGUGGGACGGCAUCAGCCCCGGGGGAUGGCACCCGGUUUCUGCGAACAAAUCGCGCGCCCCGCCGUCAUGAUGGAAUGUACCUGACUAGGAUAAUUUAAGGAUAAGUCGCUUUAGGCAAAACAUACACGAAAGAAGACGAAUAAAGGAAAUCGUCCGUCGGUCCUGGGACUCACACAAUCGACUCAUCGUCGAGGGUCGGUUCUCUGUAGGGACUGGGGCCCUGUUGGGCUCGGGAAACCAUCGAAAACAUCCCUUACCUUUGCUGUGUCGUAUCAAUGGGUUGCAUGUGUGACGAAACCGCUAGUAUUACGAAUCGCUCCGGGAGCCCUUCCUGGCCCUCUUUUCCCCUGAUUUCGGGUUGAUUGUUCCCGCGAAAUUUUCCGCUACUUCGGCAUCGGCUAUGUGUUUCCCGCUGUAGUGCUAGAAGCGUAGACAGCACUCCUUCCUGGCGGGUUCUGGAGUGAUAGCGCGCGAGUUCUAGUGAAGAAGGCUUACAAAACAAACAAACAAAAAAAGAGAAAAAAAAACUCACAACCCCAAUACUUGGGUGGAGCUUCGCGUAGCCGUUAGAGUACGUUUGGUGGCGAGUGACGCCACAAGCCACAGAUAACGCUGAAACUGAUGAAUGCUGUGUGAAGGCUGCCGUUCGGAAGCUUCUGUACAUACAUACUACAUACUACUCGCUAGCAGGGUGACAGAAAACGAGAGAAAAUAAUGGAGAAAAAAAAACACAAUGAAUAGAGCUAAUAAAUUGAAAUUGAA